GUCAAAUACGUCUGCGUCGAGCGCGUGCUUAUUGGGGACUGCACGAAGGAUGGGAGACAUGGGUACGCAUGGCGGUCAAAUAUUGAGAUGCUCAUCGGGAUGGGCAAGACGGAGGAUGUCACUGACUUUGUCAUCAAGCUGGAUGACGGGUGUAUGUGCAAACCCCAGAUGACAGAGAUCCUGAAUAUGUUUUAUGGCUACCACUUCAGAUGGGCAAACAUCCGUUCCCUUGUAUUCGUUGGUACCGGUUUUGCGUCGUUUGGAAACGAUCCCACCUACAACCCGCAGAUGGAUCCCGAGGCACAAAUGGCAUACUUUCAGUUCAUCGCGCUUUUCCCGAACAUCAGGUCUAUCGCAUAUGCUGAGGAUGGAAUUAAUACGGUAUGCCCUGGUCUGGCUGUCAGAUUCACGAAGCUAUAUCCGCUGUACUACUGGCUCUUUCAUUACUAUCGUACGCAGCUCACGGCCGUCCAAGGCCUGCACCCGCUACCACCAAAGGCCUUAUCCAGUGUUGCAUAUGAGACUACGGAUCUGACACUGAAUUCAUGGUAUCUGGGUCACUUCAUUGACAGCCCUUCAUUUGAUGCCUCGGUUCUUCGCAAAAUGACGAUCUACGAUAUCAUAGAUGGUAUCAACUGGGGUUGGUUUAGAUCCAGGAACGGCAGCGAAGUUGUGUUUUCCAGCUUAGAGAAGCUUAGCUUGCGUUGCGCCGAACAGCCACAUCUAGAAACCAAAGUCGACCCAACCGGCGGGUUCGUAUUGCGCUUUCCGAAGCUGCUUUCUUUGACUGUUGGAGGCUCAAUCCCUGUCUUCGGUGACAUUUAUCGUCUCUUUCAUCAAUCUCCAAUUGAGAUCCUGAAGAUGGGUGAGGACCUGAACGACCUUCGGUAUAUUGAUGCGCGGAUCGUUUCAAGGAUUAAAGCGUUCUUUCUUGUCGGACGACCAUACUCAGAUAUGCCCGCUUUUAUCCAACGUGAAGCUAUCACCCGCUUCUACAAUAUGCUGAACAUGGUGCAGCAUGUGUCCUUGUUUGCUAACCCAUUCCCGUUGACUGGCGUUGAUCAGAUGUUCCGUCUCAAGUGCCUGAAUAUCGACCUGGGUGCGGAUGAAUUCCCUUAUCUACACAGAGCCAUUCAGCAAUUGCCAAGACUUGGGGUGCUGGAUAUCGUGUUCAAGAGGCACUGGAGUGCCGGAAAGUAUCCUUACACACUUUUACCUGAUGAAAACAUGCCUGCAAUCGAGGACGCAGUGCCUAGCACAUACAGGUACGGAACCAAUGUUAUCGAUGUCUCCGACCUGCCCCCGAUCAGCACCUCGCUCUACUAUGUCAGUAUUGCACACAGCGGUCCAGAGAUGUUCCAUCGUGCCUGUAUUCUCAUUCGCAGCUUGCCCAACCUGACGAGGGUUGCUGUCCACGAGAGUAAUGCGCUUGGCAUUCUCGAAUUCAAUCGCAUAAGGGGCAGAGGUGUCAAAACCGAGGUGUAUGGCUAGGAGUCUUGGCCUUCUUUAAGAUGUACCAUAUGUAUCUAUCAUAUUUAUUCCAAUCGCAUAUCUCUUCAAACAACUUUUUACGUAUUGACCUUUAUGACACGACACAUGACAUAAUGCCCUCAUGGACCUCUGUGGCUGUACUACAAUACUCACUACACAAAUGUGCUACCACGCCUCACCCAUCCAUUUUGAUACAACUGAAAUGCGCCGUAGAUCC